AUGUCUGAAAUCAAAACUCUACUCUGCAAAUGGGUUAUUAUUGCAGUAACUCUCUUAUGGAGCUGUAAAAUUUUUGUAAGGAUAUUUUUUGGCGUGAAUGUAACAUGGGUUAAUUUGUUUAAGCUAGAAAUUCGUGGUUUAUCCCUGGAAAACGGUUCAGUAUCGAUAAGAUCCAUCCGGUUCGUCGUUUAUGAAAAGAAACUUAUUAUCAAAGGUUUACAGAUCGACUCCAGCGACAACGCACGUAAUGGUAAGUCAAAUACAGAAUCUCCAAGUGAGGAUGAGAGAUCAACUCCAAGAUCUUCAAAAGCUAUCAGUGGCUUUUUCACUUCUAAGUUUCUUUCAUUUUCGCAGCACUGGCUCAGUGGGAUCUCCGUCAUACUUGAUGACACAAGACUAGUUAAUCUUGAUAUCGGUAUUGAAAAGCUUGGCUUUGUUUUUUCAAUUGACGGUUCCAAAAAAAGUGGCUCACUGCGAUUCGAUUCCUAUUUAAGAAAGCUUUGUUGGAAUGAUCAAAUCAUUAUUGCUGAUACCAUUUUCAUUGUGAAUACCAAUUUAUCAAUCGACGAAAUAAUGUAUCCAUUAAAAGAUGAUUUUCAAGUUAGCUUAGACUUGAAAUUAGGUGACCUAAACGUCCCCAUGAGCUUACUAAAUCUAUUCAUCAAUAAAGAAAACGUUGAUUUAAUGUCCAAUGAAGAACUUUUACAAAAAUUAAAAGAUACAACAAGUGCUGAUCAAGAUAUAAAAGACGAAGAUAUUAUCAGAGCUAGAAACGACCUAAUGCAUACAAUGGGCAAAUUCGUGGACCAAAUAAAGCCUUUGAAAGAGUUUAACGUUACUAUCGACAAACUUCAAAUCAAGGAUUUCCCUUUAACCAAUCAUCCAGACUUAAUCGGAAUGACCAAAUAUAUUAGUUAUGACAUUUUCAUUUCCAACAUAAAUUUUAAUGCAAUUAGAUUUAAAAAUGAGAUGCCCGGGUAUACGUUAGUUUUUGAAGAACGUGACACUCCAUUCAAAUUUAGCAUCGUCAUGGCAAGGUUCAAUAUCUGUUUGAAUAUAAAUCGAAAGCACCAAAAGCUGACAAAAUUGCUAAAGAUUGUUGAAAUCCCAAACGUUUCAAUUUUUGGUGAAACGAAUUUAUUCUCUCAAAAAUUUAGUUAUUCUGAUGAUUUGAAACCAAAGCACCUGGAGAAUGCUACCUUUAACAUCAAGGGGAACAUUUCUUCUUUAACAAUUGACAUGGAUCCGGUUAAUAUUUCGUUUAUCAAAUGUUUCCUGUCUAAUAUUAAAGUUUUCACAUCCUCUUGUCCCAAGAAUAAAAUUCUGAAGGAGAACUCCCACAUUAAGUUCUUAAGAAGGCGAAGAAUUCUGUUCGAUUAUUUCAAGUGUUUUUUGCCCUUAAUUAAUAUGAAAUUCACCCUUGACGAUCCCAAAUUUGUCAUCAAAAACAAAGAUAAUUUGAUAAUAAGUAAGUUUUCCGUCUUCAUGAUAAGUCAUCGCUCUCAGAGGUAUAUAUUAGGAAAUGGUUUGAGCGAGGAAAAAGAAAAAACGCAACAAAUUUUCUAUGAGAGUCUUUGGACUAUUGAACUUCUAGACAUGAAACUGCAACAUAUUAUUAAGCACCAAAAUUAUGAACAUACAAUACUGAGAGUAGAUAGCAUUGCUAUAGAGCAAAACGUUCGACUUCUACCUGAAAUUCUGUAUGCUGCAGAUGGUGACAUUGACACAUUAAUGCUAGACUUAUCUGAAUUACCAACGAUGGUUAUGUUGAGCGAUUUGGUACAUAAUUUAGACGGCCAAUUAGCAAAUGUUGAAGAAAAUUAUUUCAAGGAGUUUUAUGAAAAGUUCGCAUCUAAUCUUCAAAACAUUAAAACCGAAUGCUCUAAUAUGGCCAAAUGUCUAAGACAAAAGGACAUUCUGCCCAGCGAUUUCAUGUUCGAACAAUUACCUAGUUUUUUUGAUUAUAUCAAAAUUAACAUUAGGGACAUAUCCUCUACCUUAGGUGCAAGAUCGGUUUUCAUGCCAAGAGAUGUUUUUUCUUCUAUCGAUCCCCAAAGUUCAAAGGAUCUAAUUGAUGGCAAGCUAAGAAAAUAUUGCAAUACAAUCGAAAAGUUGCAAAUCGCCUUUUUUGGCGAUAAGACACAGUGGCAUAACAAAAUUGGUUCUAACCAUGCUACCAUGGUUAGGUCGGGCCAGCUUACGAACUUCGACAAUGCAAGUAAAGAAAAGCCCAAGCACAAAUCAAGUAUUGCUGAUUUAGAUGACAUAUCAACCAGCGAUGCAACGGAAGUACAUCAUCUUUGGAACCUUAACUUGUUGGUAAAUGAUAUAACUACUGAAAUAAUUGGGGAAACGCCUGAAUCGAGCGAAGAGUUGUCUACCAAAACCGUUUCCAAAGUUUCUAACUUAUCAAUUAAACUAUUCCCAGAUACAGACUCUUUUAGUGGGGAAGAAAACAGUUCAAAGAUCGUUUUACAAAUCAAUCACACAAGAGGAAUGUCGGUAGUAUCACUAAUGAGCAUUUUUUUGGCUGUUUCAGGAAUACACACAUUAAAUCAAAUAUUUGGACACUGUGUAUGCCAAAAGACACAUCAAUCUAAAACCAAACAAUAUUUCAUUGCACUAUCCGAGUCGAAAAAAAAAUCGUGUCUAAAAAGUGUAAAGUGGGGCCAACUAAAAGAAAUGAUAGAAGUAGAUUUUUCUUCCGAAUUUAUGAGUCAAAUAGUUGCACUGCCUAACGGUCUUAGAACGAAGUUUGAACCAACUUCCACAUUUAUCACUAUGAAAAACCUCAAUGAAAUUUCCAUUUCAGGUCAAUAUUUUAGAAUGCUGGUGGAAUCCCCAACGAAUCCAAAUUUCUGGGAACGCAUGAUUAGCAUCGAUAGAUUUAAAGUGCAGAUACAUAUUGACUUACUAAGAGAACAAAUGAAAAAAUUAGACUCUCUGCAAGACUGGGAAACUUUACAGUCCGCUAUAACUCUAGAGAACGAAUCAUCGCACUUUUCUAUACCGCAUCAAUUUGAAAUGUUCAAAAUUAUCGAUAGUGUGCCUAGCGUUUUCAAAAGUAUUAAGCAGAUGCUAUAUUCUUUGAAGACAUCUAAGAGUGAUUUAAUUAUUUUCCCGCACAAAAUUGAAACCCCUCUUUCACUGCCUAAGAUCAAGCUAAAAUCUAAAAGGUGGUUAUUUAGCAUUGCCGAUGAUCCGCUAGAGGCUGAAUUGAACACUAUCUUUCAGAUUGGUUUGCAAGAACAAAGAGAAAGACUUACGAAGUUACAGGAAUUCAACAAGCGUAUUUCGGAGAAUUUGAUUAAAAGUCAAAAGAAUGUCAAAGAAGUAAAGGAUGAUUUCGAGGCCGUUGAUAAUGAAAUAUUAAAAUGUCGUACGGGCUUAUGGACAAAUGAUGGAAGAAGAGUUUUACGUAAAUCUGCCACAGAUUCUGAAGUACCCCUCAUUCCAACACCUUUCAAUGUUGAUGGAAAAGACAAUCACAAUCCUGACAUACCCCAACUUAUCACUCCCGAGGUUGAAAAAGCUUAUAAUGCUUUACUAGAAAACUUUUCCGAUUCGUGGAUCAGAAGAGUAAAAGAAUACAAAGUCAAGGAACGCCGUGAGUUUGACAAAAAUUUUUCUUUUCUAUGGGGACUAAUUGACUAUAACAAACUGCCUAAAGAUAUUAACAAGAAAGUUUUGCCAUUUGCCACUAACCCAUUUUUGAUGAAUUUAAUUGUUGAAAAUAUUGAUAUCGAUAUAUUAAGACCUUUCUGUGGUAUCGAAAAUAUUCCAAACUUUAUUUAUGAUGUUGGAAAGGGCGUUCCAAAGGACACAGAAUAUUCAAUUAUGAUACCAAUGCACUUGGAUGCUAAAUUUAGUGAAGUGAGAUGGCAUUUAAGAGAUUACCCAUUGCCGUUUGUCUGUAUACCCCCAUUAAGUUCUACACAAAGUAAAGAAACAAUCGCUACAAGAAUUCAUGGGGAUUUCAUGAUAACUGAGGAUAUGCUUCAAUCGGAAAAGGAAUUAAGAACGUUAUUUGUACCUUUGAUCCCUUCGGUCACUGUCGAGAAUACAGACAAGUAUUACUCUUUAUUUGUACCAAGAACGAUGACUAGUGCGAAGAUAUUCACGAAUUUAAAUUUUGAAAUCAACUCUAAACACACAACGCGAGUAACCUGGGGCGGCUCUUAUCAGCCAGCCAUUCAACAAACUAUGCAAUGUUUAGAUAACUUUUCAAAGCCCCCGUUAGACCCUUCGAUAAAAUUAGGAUUCUGGGAUAAAACAAGAUAUCUUUUCCAUGGUAAAAUUAAUGUACUUUGGAAAAAUAAAGGGAAGUUUGAAGUCUCUUUAAAAGGUGCAAAGAGCCCUUACAUGCUUGGCGGCGAUUCUGCCGGGUUUAUAGUUGGAUUUGAUGGCAAUGUUAAUUUAAAAUGUAAUGAGGAUAACGAUCCCAAAAAAUUUCUAUCAUGCAGUGCAGAUAAGGUUCAUUUCAGCAUUCCAAAUUAUUUUGCGAAACCAUUGCUAGUAUGGUCUAGACCUAGCAGUAACACAAUGUUCAUACCAAAUCAAGAGGAAACUAAUCUGCAGCGAUACGCUUCAUUUUAUUACCUAUUGAAUACGACAUCUAGCCGAAAUGAAAAGGCGGAAAAGGAAUCCAUGAGAAAGUCGUUUAUCGAAAAGACGGGUAUCAAAUUAUCAGGAGGUAUGACCUUGGAUAUGGGCAUUCUUUUUGAACGGUUGGGGUCUAGUUUGGAUGAGAGAACUUUUGAUUCAAAGGAACAUUACUUGACUCGUCUAUGUAAUCCAAUAUAUGUUCAAGACCGUUCAAAACAUGAUUCCUAUGCUGGCUUUAGAAGCGACUUUAUCCAUAUGUCUUUCGGGUUAUCAUCCAAUUCAAAUUCUGCGUACAACGCUAUGCAGCUAAGUCCUAAUGGAUUCAAAGCGUUCUUUACUUGGUGGAAAUCAUUUUCAGGAAACUUUCCUGUGAGGAGGGGGCCUUUAUUUGGUCUUCAGAGCAUAAGCCCUAAGUUUGGUGAACAUUUGUAUACCAUCUCUUAUCACGCUGACGUCUCACCACUCUUCAUUACUUACAUGUAUCACAAUGUUGACGCUGACCAAAUUUUACGUAAAAACUACCUAGAGAUUGCUGAGUUCGUUGGUUUAAAGGCUAAAGCUUCUCAUUUUGUAAUGGAUUUACACCAAAGAAAAGAGGUUUUGACAGAAUACCAAGCUGGAUUAAAUAUCAGGAAGAGAGUUAUGAAACUAAAGUUUUUAGCCGGUGAUGUAGUAUGCCAAGACGUGGAUAUUCGGGCUAUUAGUGGUGAGUUCAACAAAUUGAACUAUAUAGAAGAAAAAGAGGAUGCCGAAUAUGAAAUAUUUGACAAUGAUAUGACAUGGCUUGAUAUAACCGACUUCCAGGACGCAUUUUUCAUUAACCCUGAGAAUUAUUUACCGAAAAUCAAGAUCAUGCCCUUUGCUUUCUCUCCUCAAUUUGCUUAUCAGAAGAGGGCGAGUUAUGGUGACAAGUACCAAGUUGAUCCAAAAACUUACAAGCCAAUAACGCCCUUUGAUAAUCGUAUCUCACAUAACUGUACUCUAGGGCAUAACGUUUCUCUACGUACUGAUCUAGUUGAAAAGAGGGUUAAUGUUUUGAAAAAGUUUCAACAAAGAUUGGAAGAAGAAUCAGAAGAAAUUAAAACGGCGGGAAUGUCAAAGGAAUAUUUAAAGGACUUACUCUCAAAAGCAAAGUUUAGUGUGAAGAACGUCGAAAUACUACUAAAAGACUUUGAAGCAAUAUGCGAGCAACGGGAAACUGGGGAAACCGGACAUCCUUUCCAUUUCGAUUCUUUGAAUCUAUUGAAGGCUACUAAAAAAACAAUGAAACUGUUUGAAAACAGAUUUUUCAUUUUCAACGUGCUUUUGAAAUGGAAUGAAGAUACAAGGAAUGCUAUCUUUAAAUUUCUUUACUAUGCAGACCUAGCCAAUGAAUUUGCAUCAUUAGCAAGUGGGAAGGGCUUGAGAGAAUUUGAGGAUGCAAUAAAGAAAAGAGAGACCGUUGAGGAAACAGCCAGCUUGGAAGGAAUAUCGGAAAGAGAGGGGAAAAGAAACACUGGCAAACAGUUUGGGAGUUGCAAUGAUGAGGAAUUUACCAAUGAAAAUCUUUUGAAGAUGUUUGAGAAGAAUAUCACAGAAUUGUCCUGUAAUAUUGAGCAUAUGAUACAUCAUAAGUUCUUUGUACAGUUCGUAACUCCACAAAUCCAGUUAACGUCUCUUGAAAAUCCAGAAACGUGUGUUAUAGUGUCCUCACCAUUCUUUAUGUUAAAGACGCUUGAGUUUGAUGCAAAUACCACCACAAACACGUAUAUGCAAGAUAUUUUCUUAAAAAGGUAUGGUAUUUUAUUUGGAAAUGCGAAUGCCUUCUUAUUCAAUAAGAAGGAUUACAAAGAAUUUUUUGAGUUGUACUUUGGAUCAAGCUCUUAUGGCCAGCAUAAAAACGAACAAUGGCCGCCGUGGCUGGGUUUGGAGCUAGGAUUUGAACCUUCUGCAUUGGAAAAGAAUGCAGUGGUUAAGAAUAUCUCUGCCUUGCUGCAAUAUCAAAAGCUGUCACAGUUCUCCGCUAGGUACGAUUCCUUAAAAGAUAAAAUAGAGGAUAGCAUUUGCGGAUACGUUCCCCAAAUAAAUGUAGAGUUAAAUUCACAAGAGUAUCUAAUGCUUACAAAGAUGGUAUUGAAAUUGUUUGUUUAUGUUGAACCCGAAGAUGGAGAAUUGAGGAAGUAUAUUGAAAAAUUGAUAAUUGGUUACGACAUCUAUGAUACGAGUCAAAUUAAAACAUUAGUAAAUAAUUUACACAAUAGCGAACAAAUUCUAGCUGUUGUUGAAAAGGAGUUCUUAUUUAAGAGGAGCUUAUUGGAUGAUGUCGGCAAAAUUGAUUUAUCCAAUGUCCACAACGAAAGAAUGCAUCAACUUUUGAGGCUGUAUAUACUAAUGAAGGUUUUCACUUCAAACGGAAACAACUGCAUUAACCGGACGUUGGUAUGGAAUAUUAAAGUGAAUGAAAUUAUUUUACAUCUCUUAGAGAAAGACGAUAAACCAUUUGUGGAUAUUGCAGUGGCGAAGCUGAACUUUAAUAGAGUCCGACAUGCAAUGGGACUGAGAAAAAAUAUUGUCACCGUUAAGAUGAUGCAAAUAUUCGACUUGGAGGAAAAUGUAAAUUACCACUGUUUACUCGGGCCUUUAGCAUCUAACACCAAUGAUUUGGCUAGUUCAAAGGAUGACGUGCCAUUGGUACAAGUAAGCUGGGACAUCGAUAAACCCGUAGGUGGUAUCAAGGUUAUCAAGAAUGUUGAGACUACAUUGUCGGGCUUGACAGUAAAAUUGGAUGAAGACAGGUUAAUUAAACUAUUGGAAUGGCUGUCACUAAAAGAGCUGAUGUCUGAUGAGAAUGGAGCAGACGAAGAUAGCGAAUCCAGUAUUUUUGAUAUGAUAUCGUCAUCAUCAGAAGAAGGAAAUAUUAAAUUUUCGGAAGAUACAAGUCCUGAUUUUAACGAAAUGUUAAAAAGAUCGAGCGAUUACAUGAUUGUUGAAAAUUUGAAAUUAAACAGCUUCAAACUUUGCAUCAGUUAUAAAGGUAAAGGCACAAUGAGAUUGGCCAAUGUGACAAACUUUGUCUUCGAUUUCCCAACCUUAAGAUUAGCCAAUCAAACUUUGAGGCUUGCAGAUCUAUUACUUGCCCUUAAGAAGGUACUGAUAAAGGUUCUAAUAAAACACACCGGAAGAUUUAUUAGUAAUAAACUGAAAAGAAACUCUAAAAAUAAUAAGAUGGUUGACGAUACUGCUCCACUAAAACAGCUCACCACUUACAAGUCAUACACCGAACCUGAAGAGCUUCGUUAG